AGUGUGUGUUUGUGUGUGAAAAUAAUAAGACAGUUAUAAUGAAGGGUGGUGAAAAGCAAGAAGAGUAUUGUGUGACAAUACCCCUACUGUUUGAUGGUAAUGAUCAUGUCGGAACAAAGGCAGCAGAGAAGGUGCAAUACACCAACAUAUCAGGCAAUGCGUCCUUCAUCAAUACUUGUUUCAAUGGCCUCAAUGCUCUCUCAGGAGUUGGAAUACUCUCAACUCCGUACGCAUUGGCAUCGGGAGGCUGGUUGAGCAUAAUACUACUCUUCCUAAUUGCGAGCUCAACCUUCUACACGGGAUUGUUAAUCAAAAGAUGCAUGGAUCUUGACCCAACAAUACGAACUUACCCUGAUAUCGGGGACCGUGCAUUCGGGAAAACAGGUGGAACUAUAGUAUCAAUCAUCGUGAACAUAGAGCUGUACAUGGUCGCAACGGGUUUCCUGAUCCUAGAAGGCGAUAACAUGAGUAAUUUAUUCCCAAACAUGGAUUUUUAUAUUUACGGCACGCAUAUUGCUGGAAAAACCGGAUUUGUUAUCCUUGUUGCUAUCGUUAUACUCCCUACUAGUUGGUUAAACAGCCUAAGCAUCCUUUCGUAUAUAUCAGCCAGUGGAGUUCUUGCCACCGUGAUCAUCCUAAGCUCGGUCUUCUGGGCUGGUGCUUUUGAUAGCGUUGGUUUUCAAGAAGAGGGUAAAUUUGUAAACUGGAAUGGAAUCCCGGCAGCUAUUAGCUUAUACGCGUUCUGCUAUUGUGCUCAUCCCGUUUUCCCUACGCUAUAUACUUCUAUGAGAAACCAACAUCAAUUCUCAAAGGUCUUGUUCGUUUGUUUUGCCUUCUGUACAGUUACUUACUCGCUAAUGGCAAUCCUUGGAUACCUUAUGUUUGGUUCAAAUGCGGAGUCACAGAUUACGUUAAACCUUCCAACGCAUCAUAUAAGUUCAAGAGUGGCCAUAUGCACCACCCUCGUUACACCGAUAGCUAAAUAUGCACUAAUGUUAACACCAACCGUCAAUGCUAUUGAAGCGCGGUUUCAGUCUUACAAUAAAAGGAAGUGUAGCUUCUUAAUUAGAACGAUUUUGAUGAUUAGCACUGUAAUUGUAGCCCUGUCUCUUCCCUUUUUCGGGUAUCUGAUGUCACUAGUGGGUGCCCUCUUAAGUGCCACAACUUCGAUAACAAUACCAAGCUUGUGCUACCUCAAGAUCUCGGGAAUUUACAGGAGAAUUGGCUUUGAGCUCGUGGUGGUUGGGUUCGUUGUGUUGAGCGGCUUAAUUGUUGCAGUUGUGGGUACUUAUGUAUCAGUGAUAGAUAUAAUAAACCAUUUAUGAGCCAAAAGUUAGACUUGAGAGAGAUGUUCAAAUUUUUGAAAGUCUAGUUCCUGAGGAUAAACUUAUGUAACGUAUUUACGUUUGAAUGAUUAACGGUUGUAGUUCUCCUUUA